GUUGAGACGGCGGUUCGAGUGGUCGUUGUUUUGCACGGUGCGCGAAUCACGAACAUCCUCGGGGAGCAGAGAUUGCGCGCGAGUGCAAACGGGAUACGAUAUUCAUCGUGGCGUUUCACGGCGAUAAUCAUUUCGUGAUUGACGUUCUAUCGCUCGUUCAGCGGAAAGUCGAGCCGCCCGAAGGUUAGAAGGCGGCAGUAUCCGAUAACGAUUAACGUACGCGUAGAAGGAAACGAAUUCCGGGCGUGACGCAUCUCGCGGUUAGUGUUAAUCGCCGCGCGCGAUGCACAGGACUAGUGUAACGGCCGUGAAUUGCCUUCGUCGUCGGACUUUGACAGGUGCGGUCGUGACCAUGUACGACAGCGGUGUACUCUGGCCUCUGUUGCUGCUACUGUUGACCUUGUCUAGCUUCGCGAGUCCGGUCGCCAGUGAUAAUAGUAGUCAUUGUAUAUGGUAUGGAGAAUGUUAUAAGGAUGCAGCUCAGCACAAAAAGAAUUGUUUUUAUAAUGGCACGGCGAAACCAUUGGAUUCCGAGGGACAGAAAUUAUUGGCUAAGCAUUGUCCACAUUUGUUGGUGGAUGAUGGCACGGGAAUUAAUACUUGCUGCGACACGAAUCAACUUACAACAUUGGAUGCAAAUAUCAAGCUUGCAUCCAACUUUUUAAAAAGAUGCCCUAGUUGCUUAGAUAAUUUAGCAAAGCACUUUUGCGAUUUCACAUGCGCUACUAACCAAAGCAAAUUUAUCAAUGUUACGGAGAAAGGCGAAGCAAGCGGUAAAGAAUAUGUUAAUGGGAUAGAUGUAUUCAUAACAAAUAAGUAUCUUGAAGGAACGUUUAACUCGUGCAAUAAAGUAUCAGUGCCGAGCACAGGCCAGUUAGCACUAGAUCUAAUGUGUGGAGAAUGGGGUGCAAGUAGAUGCACUCCUUUAAAAUGGUUCCACUAUAUGGGCGAUGCGGAGAAUAAUAUCUAUGUACCUUUCCAAAUUACAUAUAAAAAUACUGAUGAACCUGUUGGCUCCUUUAUACCAUUAGAUCCUCUAAUCACGCCAUGCAGUAAGGCGCUAAACAAAAAUACUCCAGCUUGCAGUUGUGUUGAUUGUGAACAAAGUUGUCCAACACCACCACCGGUGCCUCCACUUCCAAAACCAUUCUCAAUAUUCGGUUACGAUGGUUACCAAGUUAUAAUGACAAUUAUUUUUGUAUGUGGCACUUGCCUUUUCCUCCUAUUAGUAAUGUGUUUCAGCCAUAGAAAACGUAUAGUUGCACGAGGGGAGGAGGUAGGAAGACAGGUGGGUAGACGGCUAGCUGCCGGAUUACACCCAGGAGAUGGUGCUCGUAUUGCCCUUGCCGCUGACCAAGAAGACAGCCCACUUCAGUCUAAGCGUUCCAGCGUCAUAUCAACCGACGAAUUACCAAGUGGAUUUGACGAAGAACAAUCCACUUUCAUUGAGAAGCUUGGAGCAGGUACUGACAAAUUUUUGCAAGAAUUCUUCUGCAAAUGGGGAACGUUUUGCGCUUCUCGGCCUUGGUUAAUACUUUUCCUUGGCUUCCUAUUGAUCGUUGCUUUAGGACAUGGCAUAAAAUAUAUGCAAGUUACUACAGAUCCUGUAGAACUGUGGGCAUCUCCGCAUUCCCGAUCACGUGUCGAAAAGGAAUAUUUCGAUAAACACUUUGAGCCCUUUUAUCGAAACGAACAAAUUAUUAUCACUUCUGUCGGCUUACCGAAUAUUGUGCACAACACUUCUAACGGACCAAUCGUAUUUGGACCUGUGUUUAAUGAUACUUUCCUAAAAACAGUCUUAGAAUUGCAAGAAGGAAUUAAGAAUAUAAUUACUGCUAACAACUAUACAUUAGCGGAUAUAUGUUUCGCUCCUUUAACUGGACCAUUUACCGGACCGACAACAGUAUCGCAAUGUACUAUUCAAAGUAUUUGGGGUUAUUGGCAAGAUAGUUUAGAAAAGUUUGAGACUUCGGAUGACGAUAACAAUUAUACAGUCAACUAUUUGGACCAUUUCAGAGUUUGUUCGCAGAAUGCAUACAAUCCUGAGUGUCUCGCGCCUUACGGCGGGCCUAUAGAACCGGCAAUCGCAGUAGGCGGAUUUUUGUCUCCAGGACAUGAUCUUCAUAAUUCACCAUAUGAAAAGGCAACCGCUAUAAUCCUUACUUUUCUUGUAAACAAUUAUCACAAUAAAGCCAAAUUGCUUCCUGCUAUGGAAUGGGAAGAAAGUUUUAUUAACUUUAUGAAAAAUUGGACUGCAACGAAAAAACCGGCAUUUAUGAACAUUGCAUUCACAUCAGAACGAUCUAUCGAGGAUGAACUGAAUCGUGAAUCAAAAUCGGACAUUGUAACUAUUUUGGUAUCAUAUGUCAUCAUGUUUGGAUACAUCGCAGUAUCACUCGGCCAAAUUAGAUCAUGCACUCGUCUUUUGUACGAUUCCAAGAUUACUCUUGGGCUUGGAGGUGUGCUCAUAGUGCUGUUGUCUGUGAUUUGCUCAGUCGGACUGUUUGGCUUCAUUGGUGUACCAGCUACACUGAUUAUCAUCGAGGUCAUUCCGUUCUUGGUACUAGCGGUCGGAGUAGAUAAUAUUUUUAUUCUCGUUCAAACUCAUCAGAGAGAGGGCAGACGCCCGAAUGAAUCGAUUCAGGAACAUAUCGGACGUACACUGGGUCAAGUCGGUCCUAGUAUGUUGCUUACUAGUGUAUCGGAAAGCUGUUGCUUCUUUCUAGGCAGCCUCUCUGAUAUGCCUGCUGUAAAAGCAUUUGCUCUUUAUGCUGGAAUGGCUUUAUUAGUGGACUUUAUAUUGCAAAUUACAUGUUUCGUCAGUCUCUUAGCUCUUGACACAAUUCGGCAUACGAACAACAGACUGGAUGUAUGUUGCUUUAUACACUCCAAGCGUGAUGAUGGAGAAGAAGUAGUAGAUGGAAUAUUGUAUAAAAUUUUCAAAGUUGCAUAUGUUCCGUUAUUAUUGCAAAAGUGGGUUCGCACGGCUGUGAUGAUUGUGUUUUUCGGUUGGCUUUGCAGCAGUAUCGCUGUAAUACCACACAUCGAAAUUGGCCUAGAUCAAGAGCUCUCUAUGCCUGAAGAUAGUUUUGUGCUUAAAUAUUUCAAAUUCUUAAAUAAUUAUUUAUCUAUUGGACCACCGAUGUAUUUCGUUGUUAAAGAUGGCCUAAAUUAUUCGGAUACUAAAAUGCAAAAUCUUAUUUGCGGUGGACAAUAUUGUAACAGUGAUUCAGUAUCAACUCAAAUAUUUACAGCAUCCAAACAAUCAAAUAGAACUUAUAUAGCUAAGCCUGCUUCGUCUUGGAUGGAUGAUUAUAUCGAUUGGUCUGGAUUACCCGGUUGUUGCAGAUAUUUUCCUACGAAUAAUUCAUUCUGUCCACAUACUGAUCGACAAUGUCGUAGUUGCAAUAUCACUUUGAACAAAUACAACAGACCGAUGCCUAUGGAUUUCGACAAAUAUGUAUCGUUCUUCCUGCAAGAUAAUCCCGAUGAAACUUGCGCUAAAGGAGGUCAUGCGGCUUACGGACAUGGUGUAAAUUACAUGACCGAUCCUAACACAGGGAUGUCAACUGUUGGCGCUUCGUAUUUUAUGGCUUAUCACACUAUCCUCAAAACUUCAGCCGAUUAUUACGAAUCGAUGAGAGCAGCCAGAGUCGUAGCAGCUAAUAUUACAGAUAUGCUCAACUGUAACCUGCAACGUAAAAACACCACUGUGGAAGUUUUUCCAUAUAGUGUUUUCUAUGUAUUUUACGAGCAGUAUUUGACCAUGUGGCCUGAUACAUUGCAAAGUAUAGGAAUCUCAUUGCUCGCUAUAUUUGUCGUUACUUUCUUGCUGAUGGGUUUGGAUAUUUUCUCAUCGCUAGUUGUUCUAAUUACGAUCACAAUGAUCGUCGUCAAUAUUGGCGGUUUGAUGUAUUGGUGGCAUAUAACUCUAAAUGCGGUAUCUCUAGUAAAUCUUGUUAUGGCAGUUGGUAUAGCUGUCGAAUUUUGCAGUCAUUUAGUGCAUUCCUUUUCGGUAUCAGUUCAAGCUACUAGAGUAGAAAGAGUUGCAGAUGCGUUGACGAAUAUGGGAAGCUCAGUAUUUAGCGGUAUCACAUUGACAAAGUUUGGUGGUAUCAUAGUCCUGGGAUUUGCAAAAAGCCAAAUUUUCCAGGUCUUUUACUUCAGAAUGUAUCUAGGUAUUGUGUUAUUUGGAGCAGCCCAUGGUCUCAUCUUUUUGCCAGUAUUAUUAAGUUAUAUAGGCGUGAUGUCGCGCCGAGGGCGUAGAAAAGACCGCGAACUCGCGAGCGAAAGUGAAACUAGACGUCACCAACGUGACCAAUCAGACUCUCCUCUACUCCAAAACGACAACCAUCAAAGCGCGACCACUUCCUACGCCAGUAUGAACCCCACUGAUGUGAUCACCAUGUAACGUUCUAACAUUCAAAUCAAUCCUCGCCGAUUUAAUCGAAUAUAAUUUUUGUACUUAGAAGGACAUAAAGAAUAAUCUACUUAGUGGAUUCACUAGGUAAGGUCAAUGAUGUCCUUCAAUUUGACCUGACUUGCGAGCCGAGAAAGAGAUACAAAGAGUCGCACGAGCUCUUCUUUUCUCUGAAUUAUGGAAAAUUUAAUGCGAAUCAUUCUCAAUGAAAUUCCUUGUAACUGGUGAAUAUAUCCAUCUACGUUCAUAUCUGGCAUUCUUAGCGACAAAUAAAUUUGUAUAGCUCUAGGUUUUUGUCAUUUUUAUUUAUUUUUUUGGGCAAAGCUUUUUUUUAUGUCGUAAUAUACUAUUGUCACAGAGACUGUAUUCUAAAUUUAAAAAAAUAUGUAUCUUGCAAUUGCAAACGAUCGAUCGUAUGAUCGAUUUUAGGUAAAAUAAUUUAUCUAGAAUGAUGAGAAUUUAUUUCCUUAUUACAUAUUCGUCGUUAAGUAAAUUUAGUGAGAAUAAUAAUAAAUUUAACGGAUAUAAAAUGCAUUUUCUUUUUUUUAACGCGAAUGCAUUUCUCAAUUGUGAGAUGAAUCCUUUUUUCUCUGAUAUUGAUAUCCAAUUAUUACUUAUAUAAAAAAAAAAGUUGCAUCAAAAUAUUGAUAAUUAAAUGAACAAUUAAUCGAAACAUUAUUGAUUUCUUCGAUACGUAAAUUAUUUAAGAAAUUAAUAAAAUAUAUAUGUAGAAAAGAAAGUAUUUCUCUCUCAAGUAAUACAGUCAAUUUCCUUUAUUCUAAAGUUAUCGGGAACAUUUCUUCUCUGUCCUUCUAUCCUCUCAAUUUUUGUAAUGCAUAUAAAAAUAUAUUUUUCAUAUAGUUUCUCACUCUAUUAUACAUAGAGUAAAUGAUGAAUCGAAAGAAAAAUUCUAGUUUGCCAAAACACAACUGAACCAUAAAAUUUAGAAUAAAGAAACGCUAGAAAAAAGGACAUCGAUUGUAUAAAAAAAAUAUCUUAUUUAUAUUAUAUUUAGAGAUUUCACGUAUGAUAUGCACUUGGAAUUCGUGCAAAUAAAUUUAAUUAUUUUUACUUAUGCCGUCCACAUCUGAGAUGUAAUACAAAAAAUGUGAUGUAUAUGAAACAAAAUAGAAUCGAAGAUAAUGAUCGAGAUUUAAUUAUACGAUGAUUGAAGUUUAUAUAUUUGCGCAAGUAAAAAUGAUAUCUAUAUCAGGAUUCAAGUUUUCGAAUUACUCACAUUAACCCACAAGUUCUGUGGUAUGGGAUCGUAUAGAAUCGUAUAGAAUAGUGCGAUCUUAGGUCUAACCAUUCUCAAUAUUAUUAGAUAUAUUAUUCGUUUUAUUUUUAUAUAUACUUCGCUAAAUACGUUAUAUAAAUGCAGCUGAAAUUGCUUAAAAUUUUUUUUAUAUAAUUAACUUUGGAUGCAAGAACAACGUAGGAAUUCUGUUAAUGAAUGCUCGAUAAAAAGAAAUUGAAACCUCGUUAUAGUAUCGAUUGGCAAAGUUGUAUCUUACAAUUUAAUAUUACAAAUUUUCACCAUGAUUCUUAAGUAUCAAAAAUUUCCAUCGCGAAAUACAUAAAAAAUAUCAGUAUUGUCAAUUAGAUGUAUGCUUUGUCUAUUUUUUAAGUAAACUUUGUCUUAAAAAUUACGAAUUUAUAUUUUUCAACUUAUAAUUAAUUAUUAAGGCCAGACAAAGUAAUGAUUCGUUCUUUUAUUGCUGACUUACUAUGGAUCAACGAGGAACAUUACAUUUGUGAGAUUCAAAUAUUCUCAUUAU